AUGCAUAUUUUGGUGACCGGAGCUGCUGGUUUCAUUGGAAGUCAUACAGUUUUGGAACUUAUUGAAGCUGGAUAUACUGUACUUUGUAUUGAUAAUUUUUCGAAUGCGAUUGCUGGUGGGUUUUUUGUUGAAAAGUUCAGAAUUAGAUGUUUUCGUCACGAUUGAUUAUGUCACUCACUUUAAAAGUUUAUUCAAAUAAACAAACACACAUGACAGUAAAUUUGAUAAUAAAGAACAAUAAUAUCUCGAAGUGACUUUUGAGGGACAUUUUUGAGACGUACACAAUUUUCAUCAAACAAAAAUUCAGAGCAAAUUUGAAUUUUAAAUGAAAAGUCUGAAUGAAGUAAUUUCGAAAACUGAGAAUUCAGAAUUUUUAAUUCACAGAUAUUAGUUUCAUCGUAUUUCAAAUUUUUGGAUUAAGUAACCUUUCCAUAUCUCGGUCAGUCUCUGUUAUAAGAAAGUUUUGCCCUGAAAUUAUUUUUAAAAAAUGUAAAAUCAGCGUUUUUUUAAAUGGCUUGUGGAAAAUAUUUUUCCUUUAAUUUCAGGAGUUAUGAGCUUAUCAAUUUUUAAAUUCAAAAUAAAAUAAGUGUUAUAAAAAUCCCUAUAGUUUUUUUCUAACAAUAAAUCCUAUUAAUUUUCCAGAUCAAAAUGGAAAUGCUGUUUCACUGAAUCGUGUUAGUGAAUUGGUCGGAAAACCAAUUCCAUUCAGAAAUAUCGAUGUUUGCGAUGAAGCUGCUUUGGAAACUGUUUUCGUCGAUAACAAAUUCGAUGGUGUUAUUCAUUUGGCAGCAUUGAAAGCAGUUGGUGAAUCAGUUGCGAAACCACAAGAAUAUUAUUCGAAUAAUCUUGUCGCUAGUUUGAAUCUUAUCAAGGUUCGUUUUUUUUUCGGAAAAAAUAUAGAGAAAAUUUUGAAUCUCAAUGGAAUUUUCCAGAUGUGCUUGAAAUAUAAAGUGAAAAACUUUGUAUUCUCAUCGAGUGCUACAGUUUACGGACCACCGAGUGAAUUACCAAUCACUGAAAAUAGCCAAACUGGACAAGGUAUUACAAAUCCAUAUGGACAAACAAAAUAUAUGAUGGAACAGAUUUUGAUCGAUGUUGGAAAAGCCAAUCCAGUAGGUUUAUCAUAAAUAAAAAAUUUAUAUAAAUAUCAUUUUUCAGGACUGGAAUGUGAUUCUUCUUCGUUAUUUCAAUCCAGUUGGAGCUCAUAAAUCUGGUCGAAUUGGAGAAGAUCCAAAAGGAGUUCCAAACAAUCUUAUGCCAUAUGUCAGCCAAGUUGCAGUUGGAAAAUUGAAAGUUGUCACAAUUUAUGGUGAUAAAUUUGAUACAAUUGAUGGAACUGGAGUUCGUGAUUAUAUUCAUGUUGUUGAUUUGGCAAAAGGACAUGUAAAAGCGUUGGAUCGAGUAAAAGCUGCUGGAAAUGUUGGAACGGAAAUUUAUAAUUUGGGAACUGGAAUUGGUUAUUCGGUUCGACAAAUGGUUGAUGCGCUCGAGAAAGUUAGCGGAAAACAAAUUCCAACACAAAUGGGAGUUCCAAGACCAGGAGAUGUUGCAUCGGUUUAUUGUGAUCCAUCAUUGGCUCACGAAAAAUUGGGAUGGAAAGCUGAAUUUGGAUUGGAAGAUAUGUGCAGAGAUUUAUGGAAUUGGCAAACACAAAAUCCACAAGGAUUCUCUUCCUAA